AUGAUAAUCAGAACAGCUGCUUCUGUGUUCCCUCCGGCCAAUCGGAGGCGAGCGGGCUUGACGUCCCCGCGGCCGACGCCGACCAAUGGCGAGCGGGUGGAGUUGGAGCAGAGAAGUUUGAAAAAACGGCUGAUUUCCCUAUGCGUCGGUUGCGGCAAUCAAAUCCACGACCAGUAUAUUCUCAGAGUUUCGCCGGAUUUGGAAUGGCACGCGGCAUGUUUGAAGUGUGCGGAAUGUAACCAGUAUUUGGACGAGACUUGUACCUGCUUUGUUAGGGACGGGAAAACCUACUGUAAAAGAGAUUAUAUCAGGUUAUACGGCAUCAAAUGCGCCAAGUGCAACAUUGGCUUCAGCAAGAACGACUUCGUGAUGCGGGCCCGCUCCAAGGUCUACCACAUCGAGUGCUUUCGCUGCGUGGCCUGCAGCCGGCAGCUGAUCCCCGGCGACGAGUUCGCGCUGCGGGAGGAUGGCCUUUUCUGCCGGGCGGAUCACGACGUGGUGGAGCGAGCCAGCCUCGGCGCGGGGGACCCCCUCAGCCCCUUGCACCCCGCCAGGCCGCUACAGAUGGCAGCAGAACCUAUCUCUGCCAGGCAGCCGGCUCUGAGGCCGCAUGUCCAUAAGCAGCCCGAGAAGACCACUCGCGUCCGCACCGUCCUCAACGAGAAGCAACUUCACACCUUACGGACCUGCUACGCCGCUAACCCCCGGCCCGACGCCCUCAUGAAGGAGCAACUGGUGGAAAUGACUGGCCUCAGCCCUCGGGUCAUCCGGGUCUGGUUUCAAAACAAGCGCUGCAAGGACAAAAAAAGGAGCAUCAUGAUGAAACAGCUGCAGCAGCAGCAGCCCAACGACAAGACUAACAUCCAGGGGAUGACGGGCACACCCAUGGUGGCGGCUAGUCCGGAGAGACACGACGGGGGCUUACAGGCGAACCCGGUGGAGGUGCAGAGUUACCAGCCGCCCUGGAAAGUCCUCAGCGACUUCGCCUUGCAGAGUGACAUCGAUCAACCGGCUUUUCAGCAACUCGUUAAUUUUUCAGAAGGAGGCCCAGGUUCCAAUUCCACCGGAAGUGAGGUAGCGUCCAUGUCCUCUCAACUCCCGGAUACACCUAACAGCAUGGUAGCCAGUCCUAUUGAGGCAUGAGAAACAGUCCUUGCCAUUUUUGGGGUCCAUGAAUCCUUUUUGCCCCCUACUGGAGAGAAUGGGAACGCUAGCACGUCUGGGGACUCAGCCGGGGGAUAAAACAGAAAAGAAGAAAAAGAAGAAGAUAAAGUAUUUAACACACCGGUGUUCAUGAACUUAAAGGAAACUCCAUGAACUGUCUGGGGAAUCUUAAUUGUUUUUUUUUUCUGUUUUGCAAUGAUAAGGUAGCAACACUGUGAAGACAAUCAUGGGAUCUUACUAGAAUAAUAUUCAUAAAAAGCAAAUGAAAAUGCUUUUUAAUAAUAAUAAUAUUAAUAUUAAUAAUACUACACCCACACUAAAGGAUCUCUGGAGGAUCAAGCGAGGGGAAAAAAAAAAGAGAGACGUUUGAGAAAACGGUAGAAGAAUCAAACCCUCGGAUCUCCGUCUUUUUCCAAAGGACAUUCUUUCAAAUGACUGCACAUCCUUCAAGAGAAAAACCAACGAAGAGAACAUCUAGUGACCAUCCUACAGCCAAUGGUGCUCUUUCUCUACUGGCCUUUCCCUUGCCAAAAUAAACAAAUGAAUAAAUAAAAUAUGACAGAGUUAAAAACAAAAUAAGAAGGAGCUUGAUAGGUUGCAUUUCCCAAGAGCAAGAAAAGACAAUCUUUAUCCUAGCCUCUCUCCCUCAUGACGGAACGGGCCAUUAUGAAGGUGUGGAGCUGCGGUGGGUUUGGAAUUUCUCUCUCUCUCUCUCUCUGUUUUAUUUUAAGAGGGUUGUUUGAACGUUUGGGCCUCCCAUAGCAUGUACUGUAGCCUUUUUUCUACUCCUCCUCCAUUUUUUUUUCUG